AUGGUCCAUUCGUUCCUGCUCAAGACCGCGGCCCUGGUGUCGUCGACGAUGCUGGCGUCGACGCUGUGUGCAUCAUCGCCCGGCGCUGCCAACGAGCUGGUUACAGUCAUGCAUCCGAGUGGCGCGACCGCGAAGGUGUCCCUCCUGGGUGCGCAAGUGCUAUCGUACACCACGACCUCUCAACCCGACGUGAACGUCCUGUUUGUGAGCCAGUCGCCGACUAACGGGGCGAACCCCGUUCGUGGCGGUAUCUCUGUCAACUUCCCGAUCGUGGAGUCCGUCGACAGCUUCACUGGCCCCGAGCAUGGGUUUGCCCGUACUUCUAUGUGGACCCUCGAGAGUUUGGAGCAGCCGCGGCCGGAUCAUGGUGUCGAUUAUACUUCUGCGACCUUCAUCUUGACUUGGACCGAGGCCACCUUUCAGAUCUGGCCUGAAAAGUUCGAGCUACGGUACAAGGUGAAUGUGUCCGCUGAUCGGCUCCUCACCAAACUGACCGUGUCUAACCUAGGCUCGGCGGCAUUUUACGUGGGCGUACUGCUGACGAGCUACUUGAGCGUCCCUGACGUCCUGAACGAUGGUGUCGUAGUUCGGGGCUUGCAGGGCCUUGAAUACUACGACCGGGUCACACGGACGAACCAGACCGACUCGCGCGAGAUGUUCGGCAUCACGUCACAGGUCGACAGCGCGUACAAGGACGUCGGGCUCGAUGUGGUUGCGUCCGUCAAAGGUGUUGGGUUCGUCCAAGACGUCGCUGUCAGGCAAUUCGCACAAUACGGGAACGGCAACCACCGACCGAUUUCUGAUCCAUCGUCGUGCGUCGUGUGGAACCCCUGGACGGAAGGUGCAAAGGCUGGCCUCGGUGUCGAGGAAUACCGUAAGAUGCUCGCGAUCGGGUGUGGAAAGGUGACUGAAAAGUUUGUGCAGAGCACUGAUGUGCGCUACACUGUGUCCUCUGAAAUCACGGUCACGACGCGCUCUGCUUAG